AUGCGUCUCACAUACAACAUACAGCUGUCUAGCGACUUCUUUGACGGGUACGAGACGCUUAUCGGAGGUCGCAAAUCGGACGACCGUCGUGCCAACCUUCGAUCCCAGCUCAUGUGCGCCGUCCGGAAACCAUUGCUCGAUGUCGAUUUUGUGGGCACUUGCAUGAGCGAUAUCGCUGUCAAUCACCCCGAUGGCGACCACACCCCAGUCCUUCCGCCAUUGUUCACAUAUGCGACCGACUACCCUGAGAAGGCUCUUCUUGCUGCCGUAAGAAACAUGGGAACGUGCCCUUGUACUAGUUGCGAGGCCUCGGAGAAGAUCCCGGACAUCUGA